GUAUUCUCCUUUACACUUAUCUAUUUCACGCAGCCAUUAACACAACACACAUCAAGCUUUCCACUUCUCCAGAGUCACGCACACAGCAAGCUCUCAUCCCCUCUCUCUCUCUCUCUCUCGUAUUCUGAAGCCUAAGCCGUAGCCACCCUACUCGCUGUACUAUCGAAGACAACUUCUCUUCUGCUCAUUGCCGACGACGACAUCGAAAACGACGCAGCUCCUCCCUCCCCGACAACGGCACAUCUUCUCCCUCGCAAGCGGAAACAACUCAGGAUUGAAAAACAUGGGUGACAAGAAGAAGAAAGCUACGAUCUUCAUUCGACUUGUUUCAGCUGCUGGAACUGGGUUUUUCUAUGUGAAGAAGAAGCCAUCGAGAAUGGUGGAAAAGCUUGAGUUUAGGAAAUUUGACCCUCGAGUGAAUCGUCAUGUUCUGUUCACUGAGGCCAAAAUGAAAUGAAGUGAAAAUGGACCAAAAAUUGGGUCCAUAGGUUUGUUAUUGUUAAACUUUAUUUCCUCUUUAUUUUGUUCAAUACUCAGAUUUUUUUGAUGUGUCUUUUUUAGUCAAUCUUGUUCUUAUGAUAUGAAAUAGAAUUGGGUUCUAAUUAUUAAUUGAUUCUGCUAGUGGGUUUAUUCUCUCAAGCUAUAUUGAAUGAGAGAAUUGAUCCAUAUCUGAUAUUUAUUAAAAAAUAAAGUAAAAUAAAGAUUAUGUAUGCA